GAGAGAGUGGGAGAGAAGGUUUGACGCUGUCUCCUUGCCUCCGUCGCUUUCCUCUGUGGGUGGGUUUUACAUACUUUUGUGGUUGAUUGUGAAGAUCUAGUCGUUGAAAAUAUUAUUCGUAUCCGAAAAGGAUCAUUAGGGUUCUUUUCGAGUUGUUUAGGUUUUGGCAAAAAAAAAAAAGGAUGGAUAUGAACAACGGACUAGGAGAUGAUACUAUUUGCCACAUUCUAUCUUUCCUUCCGACAACAGAAGCUGCUUUAACAUCUGUCCUCUCAAAGCGAUGGCGUAAUCUGUUUGUCUUGACACCAAACCUUGAUUUAGAUGAUGAUCAUGGAGGAGAAGAUUUCAUAGAUUUUGUGGAUAGAGUGUUGGCUGUGUCGUCGUCCUCAGGCGAUCUCCCAAGAAAGAGGAGGAUCUCGAUAAAAUGUCGAAAGAGUAUUAAAGACGACACGGGUCAUGUCACACGCUGGAUGAUUGACGUUUUGAAACACGGUGUCCAGAAUCUGUAUAUAGACGUAAUCGCUGAUGAUGUGGUUUUGGUGCCACUCGAGAUCUUCACUUGCAAGACAUUGGUUGAGCUGAAACUAGCAAAAGGAUUCGAGGCUAUGAUUCCUGGUGAUGAUGUUUUUCUUCCAUCACUCAAGACUCUCUGUCUUCAUGCGGUGUAUUUCUAUAAUAGUGGUUAUUGUGUUUUGGAAAAGCUUGUCUCUGGUUGCCCUUUGCUUGAGGAACUAACCAUUCGUAGUGCGAGAUGGCAGAGUGGAAAUUUUUGCUGCAUCGUGUCCUCUUGGACACUUAAGAAGCUCACUAUCGAGGUUCGUGAUGCUUUUGAUAAUUGGGAAAUAUCUUUCGACACUCCUAGUCUUGUCUACUUGGAAUACUCUGAUGUAGUACCAAGAGCGGUUCCAGUUGUGAAUCUCGAGUCCCUUGUUGAAGCUAAGCUUGGUCUCCAUGUUAGGCUAAUGUCUAGCAAUCCAACAAAUCUCAUCAAGGGGUUAAGGAAUGUUGAGGUUUUGGAGAUAUCAUCUGUUCGUACUUGGGAGUUAAAGCAGAUGAAGCAGUUCGUAGAGAAACUAUCGUCUCUUGAGCUCGUCAAAGUUCUUGCGUACGCAACAAACGACAAGAAAAAGUCUCGGAUCACCAAAGAUCUGCUCAAGAUUCCUAGAUCGUCCAAGUGCAAUAUCAAGAUCAGGUUCUGUGAGCAAGCAAGACCACGGAAAAGGCUUUUUUUUAUAAAACUCUAAGUUAAUGGAUGAACAAAAAAACAAACCUUCUUACCUCCUAGAUUUGAAUAUUUAAGGUUGUUAUGCUGUUAGAGUUGAAUGUUAAAGGUUGGUAUGCUGUUAGAGUUGAAUAUUUAAGGUUGUUA